UCUGUCAGAAAAUUACGAAAUUACGGAGCGGACUUAGUUCUGUGAUUUUUUUUUUAUUAUAUUAUAGUGUUCAUAAUUAUUAUUUUACAAAUUUAUUCACAAUGUCAGAAAAUAAAGAUGUCGCUAAAAAUGAUGUCGAUCCUGAACUCGAUGAUUUAUUGGACAGUGCCUUACAAGACAUGACAAAGAAACCAGACCAGACGCCCCAGUCAGGUGACAAUACAAAUGUUCAAAAUAUGUGGAGCGAAGAAUUUAUUAAGGAAGCCGCAGCACAGUUCGAAAGCAACAUGGCUGCCAUUCUCGGUGGAUUUAGUGGUGUACCAGAGGACCAAAUAUCACAGGAACAAAUUGCGCAAACAUUUUCAAAGAUGGCCGAAGCAGCAGCACAAGUAUUAAAACCUCCUACCGAAGGCAGUGAGCAGGAAACAGCGCCAAGUGAUCCAGUAGUAAAAGAGAAAAUUGAUGAGGUAUCAGCAGCAAUAUCACAAACUCUACAGAAUUUAAAUACUAAUCAGGAAUCACUACAGACACCAUUCUCUGAACAAGACCUAGCGAGUAUGUUCAAUAAUUUUAACCUCAGUGAAGGAAACCAGGACAGCAACAUGUUUGUACCAUUCAUGCAAGGUAUGAUGCAGUCGCUAUUGUCAAAGGAGGUCCUGUAUCCUUCAUUGAAGGAAUUACUCGAGAAAUAUCCGUCUUGGUUAGCGGAGAACAAAGGGAAAAUAGACCAAGCAGAGUAUGAAAGAUUCGAAAAGCAACAGUCGUUGAUGCAACAAGUCUGCGCUGAAUUAGAACCGGAGCAAGAAUCGGAUCCAGAAGAUGUUAAGCGGAAAAGAUUCGAGACGGUACUGAGGUUGAUGCAACAGAUGCAAGACCUAGGCCAACCCCCUACAGAACUGGUGGGAGAUAUAUCUGCUCCCCCAGAGGGUUUCAUGGCGGCCGCAAAUACAGAAUCACAGUGUUCAAUAAUGUAGUGAACGAACUUUGUCGUGAUCGUGGUCAUUUUCAUGAUUGUGAUCAUAACUGUGUCGUGGUCGGCCAGAUAUUGUAUUACAAUUGUUAUGAUCGCCCCGGUUUUGAUAUUUCGUGUCGAUUAGUUUAUUCAUUGCAACACUAGCGGUGCCUUAAGGUUUUACUCGCAAAUUAUAUGAUAGUCUCGAAUUUGCGAUAAAUUAGGUAAUGUAAGUUAAUUCCGUCUUUACAAUUAUCUUAUAUUAUACUCAAUAAAUGAUAGAAGCACUUACAAGCUUUUAAAA